AUGUCUCUUCAAACUCCCCUCUGCUCACUGCUCAAGAUCCAGCACCCCGUCCUGCUGGCAGGAAUGGCGCGUGCCUCUGGGGCCCCUCUGGCGGCCGCUGUUUCUAACGCAGGCGGUUUGGGGACAGUCGGCGGUCUGGGCUACACGCCCGAGCAACUUUCAGAGAUGUUGAUGGAACUCAAGGCUUCCCUACGGGACCCUUCUCUCCCCUUCGGCGUUGAUUUAGCCUUACCUCAGGUUGGCGGAGGCGCCCGUGCGACAAACCACGACUACACCCACGGUCAGCUGGACCAGCUCAUUGACGUCGUAAUCUCCCAUGGCGCCAAGCUCUUCGUCUCCGCAGUGGGCGUACCCCCCGAGCGCGUCAUCAAGAGACUACACGACGCCGGCAUCUUGAUCAUGAACAUGGUCGGAGCACCCAAGCACGCCGAGAAGGCACUCAAGCUGGGCGUGGACAUUGUAUGCGCCCAGGGUGGUGAAGGGGGUGGUCAUACAGGCGACAUCCCCUUCUCCGUGCUUGUCCCGGCAGUCGUCGACGUGGCAAAGAAGUACAAGAGCCCGCUGACGGGUCAACCUGCCCUGGUCGUGGCCGCUGGUGGCAUCAACGAUGGACGCAGUUUGGCCGCAUCACUGAUGCUGGGCGCUGUCGGUGUCUGGGUUGGCACCAGGUUCGUUGCCUCGGAGGAAAGCAGUGCUAGUCAGUUGCACAAGGAGGCUGUCGUUGGGGCUCAAUUUGGAGAGACGAAGCGGACCUUGGUCGUUUCCGGUCGGCCGCUGCGUAUGCUGCCCAACGAUUAUAUCAAGGACUGGGAAAAACGACCGGAGGAAAUCUCCCGGCUGACGGCUAAGGGAAUUGUCCCUAUUGAACAUGAUUUCAACAACGAUAAGGAGGACAUUGAGAUUCCUUAUCUGAUGGGUGAUGUAUCGGGUAUCAUCAAGGAGAUUAAGCCUGCCGGUGAGAUCGUACGGGAAAUGGUCCAGCAGGCCGUGGAGGUGCUGCGAACAGGAGGGUCAUAUAUCAAGGUAGGAUCUGCUAGCAAGCUUUGA